ACCGGGCUGGAGGUGUCCUACCCACUCGGCGGCCAGCACCUGCCCCCCCACCCCGCGCCCGCCCUGAGCCCGCCCCGACUGCGCAGCCGGGGGCGCUCCCACCUCUCUCCCCCCGGGCCGGGGAGCCGGGGGGCAGCACCGGAGCCCGGGGGGAGCGCGGCCCCACCGGCCGGCCGGCCCGGGCUGGGGGUAGCUAGGACGGCCCCGGUCCAGGUGGAGGCCGCAGAGGGCCCAGGGCAAGCAGGGGCAGCGAUGAUUGGUCCUGACGGUGGCUGAGCCCCCAGCCCCUGGAAUAUGCAGCCCGGGGGAGCCCCAGGCAGCGGCGAGGACGAGGUGGUGGAGCGGGGCGGGAGGCAUGGUCUCCACCUACCGGGUGGCCGUGCUGGGGGCGCGAGGCGUGGGCAAGAGUGCCAUCGUGCGCCAGUUCCUGUACAACGAGUUCAGCGAGGUCUGCGUGCCCACCACCGCCCGCCGCCUCUACCUGCCUGCUGUCGUCAUGAACGGCCACGUGCACAACCUCCAGAUCCUCGACUUCCCGCCCAUCAGCGCCUUCCCUGUCAACACGCUGCAGGAGUGGGCAGAUGCCUGCUGCAGGGGACUCCGGAGCGUCCACGCCUACAUCCUGGUCUACGACAUCUGCUGCUUUGACAGCUUUGAGUACAUCAAGACCAUCCGCCAGCAGAUCCUAGAGACGAGGGUGAUCGGCACCUCGGAGACGCCAAUCAUCAUCGUGGGCAACAAGAGGGACCUGCAGCGCGGACGCGUAAUCCCGCGCUGGAACGUGUCACACCUGGUGCGCAAGACCUGGAAGUGCGGCUACGUGGAGUGCUCGGCCAAGUACAACUGGCACAUCCUGCUGCUCUUCAGCGAGCUGCUCAAGAGCGUCGGCUGCGCCCGCUGCAAACACGUGCACGCCGCCCUGCGCUUCCAGGGCGCGCUGCGCCGCAACCGCUGCGCCAUCAUGUGACGCCGGGCCCCGCGGGCCGCAGCCCCGGCAGGGCGGGGCGGGGCAGGAAGAGAACUCCUGGACCGCCCCCGCAGCCACGCCCUCCCCGGGAGAGGCGGAGGGCGAGAGGGAGCUUCCCCUUAACUGCCCCGGCCUCCUCCCUCUCAGGCGUCUGUCUUCCUGGGACGGCCGCCUUUAGCGCCGUAGUUCGUGCAGAGCCCGGCCUGGCCCCUAGGAGCGCCGCCGCCCCUGGCGGUUGCGGGUGAGCGCGUGACACGGAGGGCGGGGGUGGAGAGGUGCUGCCUUGGCCGGGCCCGCACCCGGCUCCUCCAGAGAGUGUGUCCGUCAUUGCUCCGCGUCUUCUUUUCCCGUGUCUGUCUGCCCAAGCGUCAGUUGGUCCUCAGCUGUCUUACCCACCGUCGCCACCUCCAGCUUCGUUCACAGGGCUCUCUCAUUUCAUCCAGCCCCUUGUCGCACGUCCCGGCAGCUUCUUCGUGAGGCCAGCCUUCUGGCCGUCAGCACCACCGGCACGGGGCGGGGCGAUGCGGGUGGCCCAGGGACCACCACCGGGGUCCGAGGGUUGAGGUCCGGGAUCAGUCAGGGGGAGAAGGCAGAGCUUCCCCCGCUUCCAGGGAGACCUCCCCGCCCAACAGACCCAAUAGACGCAACAAGCUACCUUCCAGCCUUAACUCGAUGGUCCGUCCCUGCCGGGUGCCCCUCACCCACUUCCUGACCCUAAAGUCCGAUCACCCCCUGGGUUCAACAUUUUUUUCUUGACCGAGUGUGGAGAGGGAAUGCCCCCAAAUGAUAGAUUUAUUUCCAUGAUGCCAGCUUCCAGCCCUCUGUCCCCUUCUGGGUUGAGUGGUCUGCCAGACUGGAGGAUGUUUAGGGGGGAGGGGGGGUGUCUGGUGGUGGGCGGGGUGUGGAGGGAGGCAGUCAGGUCGUGCCAGCGAAGACCCUGUCUCCCCAUCUGACCCCAAGCUGACUGCCCCAGCCCUUGCCCGCCUUGAAUCUCAGAUUACCCCGGUUAAUCUGGGGAGGGGCAGGGCUGGGAAGAGAAUUAUGGGAACCCCUAUGCUUGGGGGAGAUAUACCGGCAUCCCCACCCCUAGAUGGAGGCCCUCAGGAUCUGAUGCCCCCUCGUCCCAACACCACUUGGUCCAAUGCCUUGACUCGCUCCGCCCCAUUUUCUCCGGCUGCCUGGCCAGUUUCUACCUCUUGUCACCGGAGCUGAUCACUGUCAGUUUUGUACCGAUUUAGAAAUAACAAAAGUAAUGAAGAUACUAGGAGUGACCUGCGGGAUUACUGGGGGAUUUGGAGGGCGGGAGAAAUGGUGCGAGUCCCCGGCGCCUAGCCAAGUUCUCCCUGAGGCUGAGCCCUCAGCCCUGCUCUGGUGGGAGGAUAGCGAGGUCCCUUGUUAGAAGAGAGACGGAGAGAAGAGCCUAGCCUCGAUGUAGCCAAGCUGUGGCGUACAGACCGGGAAAGCAGGUAGCUCAGGGUGGUGAUGGAGAGGAGCCUGGGGGAGGCGUCAUGGGUGGCGAACUUCUCAUCCAGAUCCAGCGUGAGAGGGAAGCUUCGAUUCUCUCUUCUGCUUCCCCAGGUGAUUCCCGCUCCACUCACUGUGGGUAACGCAGCCCGACAGUGACUGCCCUGACCUUGGGCAGUCCAGUAUUUGGGGGUUCUGGUCCCUGCUGUGCUGCAUGACUUUGGGCAAGUGACCUGCCCUCUCUGAGCCUCCUUCUGAAGCAGAGGAGGUGGCUCCCCUCCCCCCCCACACCUUGGAGUGGCUGGGAGAGUAAGGAAGAGGGGCUGCCCCCCUUUCUCCCCUGCAUCCCUGCCCCCUGACUCACCAGGGGGAUGGGGUGAGUGGUGACAGCAUCUCACCCGCCCCAUCGCCGUCACCCCCAGCUCUGAGGCACCUGAGGUGAGGGUGAGGGACCCAGGCCUCUGGCUGCCCCCUGGGGAGCCGUUGGAAUGUAUCGCCUGGCUGGCCCCCUUCACCCCCCCUCUCAUCCCCGCUUCACCCCAGAUCUUUGAUUUUGAUUCCCUUUGCCCCCAUUCUGAGUGUCUGUCCUUCUCCCUGCCCUCCCUUCCCCAGGGUUUCCCACCACAGGGUCUGGAAGUGUGUGUGAUGCCCACUGCGCUGUGAUCAGGUCAGAUUAAAAAUCAGGGAGUG